UUCAACAAACUCACCUGACUACCAGGGAACUUGCCUCCAUCUUAAAAAUAGCCAAACAACCUACAGGCCUACACCGCUCCAACAAAGGAAUUUACACAGAGAGCUUUUGAGUGAGUGCUUAAACGAAAAAGAAGUUUCAUUUGACGGAACUCAAACAACAAAUCCACAAUGGUGUCUGCUGGCUUCCAAAUGCUGGGCACUGCCCUGGGGAUCAUUGGGUGGAUCGGUGCCAUCAUCGUGUGCGCCCUUCCCAUGUGGAAGGUCACUGCUUUCAUCGGCAGCAACAUCGUCACCUCGCAGACAUCCUGGGAAGGCAUCUGGAUGAGCUGCGUGGUGCAGAGCACAGGCCAAAUGCAGUGUAAGGUCUAUGACUCCAUGCUGGCCCUCAGCUCUGACCUCCAGGCCGCCCGGGCCCUGAUCGUCAUCUCCAUCGUGGUGGGCAUCAUGGCCAUCCUGCUCUCCGUCGCUGGGGGAAAGUGCACCAACUGUGUGGAGGAUCCGUCGUCAAAGGUCAAGGUGGGCAUUGCUGCUGGGGUUGUGUUCAUCGUCGCCGGGGCCCUCUGCCUCAUCCCUGUCUGCUGGACGGCACACACCAUCAUCCGGGACUUCUACAACCCGCUAUUGGUCAAUGCCCAGAAGAGAGAGCUGGGUGCUGCGCUUUACAUCGGGUGGGGGGCGGCUGCUCUGAUGCUGAUCGGAGGGGGGAUGCUCUGCUGCAACUGCCCCAAGAAAGAUGAUUCCUACACUGCCAGGUACAAAGCUGCCAGAUCUGAUGCCUCGGCACCAGCAUCUGGGAAGGACUACGUCUGAAACAGCUCCGGAAAUCAGUAAAUAGCUUCCACAAAGCAACGUUUACUGGGACAGAUACACUGGUGCUGCUGGGUUGGGAGUGUUCGUAUGUCAGGAUGUUACUCGACCAAAAGUUACUUCUCAUGAGAGUGUUUGAUGGCAGUUACAGGCAAGAAAGGAGACACACCCAACGGAGAAAUUCAUCUGUAUAUGUUCACUACUUGUACAUGUAUGGCUGUUUUAAUAUUGUAUGAAUAUUCGUAAGUCUUUUCUUAGUAGUACAAUUAUUCUAUAACCCCAGUUUUAUUUUCAAAAUGCUGACUUUUGGCCAUGUGUAUGUGGUUUGUUUUUAUGAACUGUGCGUGACAUUCAUUAUGUGGCAUUUGCAUUGUAAAUAAAUAUUUUUAUUGUUUACAAAUCUGA